GAUUCGAGAUUUUUGUACGGCCGUGGAUGCAAUUUAACACAAAACCGUUUGCCCUUGAUUCGACACUCAGCUCUUGGAAGCCGACGUGAACAGACGCUAGUUAUCAACGUACUAAACCACUCAACUCACCAUGUCGAAGAUCGGAAUUAACGGAUUCGGCCGUAUCGGCCGUCUGGUCCUGCGUGCCGCCGUCGACAAGGGCGCCCAGGUCGUCGCCGUCAACGAUCCCUUCAUCGGCGUUGACUACAUGGUGUACCUGUUCAAGUACGAUUCGACCCACGGUCGCUUCAAGGGAGAAGUCUCCGCCCAGGACGGUCACCUGGUGGUCAACGGUAUGAAGAUCCAGGUCUUCCAGGAACGUGACCCCAAGGCCAUCCCAUGGGGCAAGGCCGGAGCCGAAUACAUCGUCGAGUCGACCGGUGUCUUCACCACCAUCGACAAGGCCUCUGCUCACUUGGAAGGCGGAGCCAAGAAGGUCAUCAUUUCGGCCCCAUCCGCCGAUGCCCCGAUGUUCGUCGUCGGUGUCAACCUGGAUGCUUACAACCCAUCGAUGAAGGUUGUUUCGAACGCUUCCUGUACCACCAACUGCUUGGCUCCAUUGGCCAAGGUUAUCAACGACAACUUCGGCAUUCUCGAGGGUCUGAUGACCACUGUGCACGCCACCACUGCCACCCAGAAGACCGUCGAUGGUCCCUCUGGUAAGCUGUGGCGUGAUGGCCGUGGUGCUGGACAGAACAUCAUCCCAGCUGCCACUGGUGCUGCCAAGGCUGUCGGUAAGGUCAUUCCAGCUUUGGACGGUAAGCUGACCGGUAUGGCUUUCCGUGUCCCAACCCCCAACGUCUCCGUCGUCGAUCUGACCUGCCGUCUGAACAAGCCUGCUACUUAUGCCCAGAUCAAGGCGGUGGUCAAGCAAGCCGCUGAUGGCCCAAUGAAGGGAAUUUUGGACUACACCGAAGAGGAGGUCGUCUCCACUGACUUCGUUGGUGAUACCCACUCCUCCAUCUUUGACGCCAAGGCUGGAAUCCAGCUGAGCGACACUUUCGUCAAGCUCAUCUCCUGGUACGACAACGAAUUCGGCUACUCCAACCGUGUCGUCGACCUGAUCAAGUACAUGCAGACCAAGGAUUAAAUUAUUUAAACCUUCAUCUACUCCCCCCAACCAAUUCUCAGGGCUUGAGGCCGCUGAUCUGCUAAACAUAAACGUUGCGUAUCACACACACACACACACCGUACACACAGUAAAAAACCAACACCUCAAGUGAAAGUACUAAGAAACCCUCCUGUAAGAACACGUUCAACAAGGGAGGAACCAUGAUUACUACACACUAUUCUGUUUAGUUGAUAAGGUUAAUGAUAAUAAUAAUAAUAAAUUUAACUGCUAAAACUAUAGAAAAAAUGCUGAAAAUUAAUUAUACCUGUUGUGUAUUGUCAAGACAUUGAUAACGAAGUAAAAUGCAAACAAUCGCUUAAGGUUAGAGAGAGACAGACAAGGAACUACGUAAUAUCACUUGUGCGCGCGCAUGGCCCUCCGCAUCCUACUACACCAUCACCCAGGGAUGCCCCGGCGAGAGCCGAUGUGGCGCGCGAAUCCGAAGUCGAACAACGGAUCGAUAAUAAUCAUGUAUUUCAUUUUGAAAAUGAUGCAUUAUGGAAAGGAAUAAAACCCUAGAUUGUUACUAGUCGAAAA